AUGGACACCAGCUACUUGGCCCAGCAGGUCAAUAGCAGCAUUGGCCAGCUACACAGCCUGUUCGAUGAGAUUGGCGUCCCUACGCAUGAGCGCCAGGCUCGCGAGUCCGAGCUCUUCUCGGCACUCUCCGAGGCUCUCAACAACCAAGUUCGCCUCGUUAACACCGAAAAGAAGGAAAUGAUUGACGAAGCAAAGACCAUCAUCGCCAAGAUACACGAAAUGGAAACCUCACUCGACGACUCAAAGGGCCGACGAGACUACGACACGGACGACAUGUCAAUAUCCUACCCCUUAAAUCACUGCCUGCAAGGCCUCAAAGAAAAGCAAAUUCAGAUUGCUCGCUUGCAUAGAGAGCGCUUUGAGCAAGUAAAAAAGCUUGUACAAGCACUCGAAUCAUACUCGUCGCAUCUUGAACCUACCUUUGUCCAGAUUGCACUGCCCCCUACCGGCCCAAACCAAUCCAUCCCGACCAACUUUGACCUUUCCCCAUCCUAUGUUGAUAGACUAGACCGCGAAUUCACCCGCGUCUAUGACGAAUACACGCGCCGCAUCGCCCUGGUCCAGUCAUUGGCCGACAACAUCAUUAAGCUCUGGGCCGAGCUCGGCACGCCCCAAGCCCAGCAAGAAGGCGCCAUUGUCAAAUACUACCGUGAGGCGCCGGAGCAGCUGGGGCUCCACGCCCAAGACAUCAGCCGUCUACAGUCGAAGAAGGAUCGGCUCACCGACGAGAAGAAGAGUCGCGAGAAGAAGCUGCGUGAUCUCAAGGCGGCGGUCGAAGCGCUGUGGGCAAAGUUGGGCAUCGACGAAGCCGAGACCAAGGCGUUUGGCAACGCCAACCGCGGCUGCGGCCUGCGCCAAAUCAAUGAGUUCGAGGAUGAGCUGGCUCGAUUGAAUGAGAUGAAGCGCCAAAACCUGCACCUCUUCGUGGAAGACGCGCGCGUCCAAUUACAAGCGCUGUGGGACGCCCUGUACUUUUCUGAGGAUGAGAUGCUCGAAUUUACGCCUGCCUUUUCUGAUGUUUACAGCGACGCCCUUCUUGAGGCGCACGAACGCGAGAUUGCGAGACUGGAGGCCCUCAGGGAACAACGCGCGCCCGUGCUGGCCCUAGUCGACCGCCACAAGAACCUUAUCAAGGAGCGCGAUGAGCUCGCUGCCUCGAGCCAGGACGCCUCGCGUCUCAUGCUGCGCGGGCAGAAGGGCGAGAAGCGCGACCCCGGAAAGCUACUGCGCGAGGAGAAGAUGCGGAAGCGCAUCGCCAAGGAGCUGCCCAAGGUUGCUGCCGAAGUUAUAAAGAUGCUGGAGCGGUGGGAGGACGAGUACGGCCGCCCGUUCCUCGUGUUUGGCGAGAGAUAUCUGGACGAGUGCGAGGACAGCGGCUCCAAUAAGGCUGCGGCGCCGACGACGCGGUCCAAGACACCAGCCGGCGCGCCACCAUCGGCUGUCAAGAUGCCCAAGUCUGGCCACAAGGGCACCAUUGCCAAGUCGGUGCCGCCUCGGACAAUGACCAAGACGCCGACGGCCACGGGACCUAAGAAGGCGCCCACAACGGUACAGCAGUCUGCGGUGGCUAGAACCGCGAGUCCCACGCGUACAGGCCGGACAAGCCCGUCGCGAAUCCCUGCCCGGGCACCGCUUUCUAAUUUGAAGAACGGCAACAACUCGCCGGAGAGACCACGACCCGAGUCUCGCGGGGAAACGUUGCGCAAUGGCGCGCCGAUGAGGGCACCGCCUCCUAAAAUGCGUGACCUCAAGUCAGUACCGGAGCUGCAGACGCCGUUGAACCCUUACAAGGGCGCAGGUCUGGGCACGGGCAUUGUUCGCGCAAUUGAGCCAGAGGAUGUAUACGACGACAGGCCGCAGGCGAGGACACGGGACGACUCGCAGGAGGACGGCUACGAUUACGAAGAAGACCGGUACGCGACUGUUAGGCCCGGGCGGCAGUACUACGGCGAUCUCGGUGGUGUAGCGGCCGCGCGGCAGAUUUCGACCACGUCAUCGUCGACGGCGGUUUCAGGGUCUGAGAAUUGGGAGACGUACGACGAUAACAGCGAGCCGGAACCCGAUGCGUCAGACGCCUACUACGCCAAGCUGCGCGCGGCACGGUGUAAGCGGCAAGAGCCGGGAAGCCAGCUGCAGAGUCAUCAUCAACAGCAGCCGAAGAGGUUGAGGGGGAUACCGCCGCCGAAGGGAUACACGGGGCCGGUGAUGAUUGAUGAGGACGGCAAUCGAAUCGUGUCGGGGAGUGAAUGGGGUGACUCUGAGGUGUUUUGA